GCCCUAUUAUUUUUUUCGUAUUAUUCCAUGAUUACGGAAUUUGCGAUCCACUACUACUUGACUACCUCGAUCGAUCCAAUUUAUUACUAAAUGCUAGCUGCCAGAAUGAGGUUCGUGCAAUAUUUGCUCAAAGGUGACUUGUCCAAGCGGCUGGGAUUCCUCGCCGAGGACCAAAAGUCCUUGGUGGAGCUUGCCGGUUUGACUGGAGUGCCCAAUGACCUUAAGACCCUCAUCGCCCAGAACCCCAACCUGGAGGAGCUGGCUCAAAAGGCAGCGAAACAACCUCGACUGGAGAUUACCGAUGACGUCACGCUGCUACCCCCCCUAACAGAUCCCGGAAAGAUUAUAUGCAUUGGCUUGAACUACCAAGACCAUUGUGAUGAGCAAAACAAACCGGCUCCAAAGGAGCCACUGUUCUUCAGCAAGUUCAACAACGCAUUGGCUGGCCCCCAAGACAACGUCAUUGCCCACUUAGCUAGCACCAAAAUCGACUGGGAGGUCGAACUGGUGGCUGUCAUUGGCAAGGUCGCCCAACAUGUACCCAAGGAGAAGGCUAUGGAUCACAUUUUCGGUUACACCGUGGCCCAGGACAUAUCUGCCCGCGACUGGCAGAAGGAGCGCAACGGCGGCCAGUUCCUUAUUGGCAAGUCGAUGGACACAUUCCUGCCCUUGGGGCCAGCGGUGGUGCACAAGAGCCUGGUGCCGAAUGUGUAUGAUUUGUCGUUGAAGACUUGGGUCAAUGGCGUGCUGAAGCAAGACGGCAAUACCGGCAACUUGAUUUUCAAGCUGGACGAUGUGAUCCACAGAUUGUCCCAGACUAUGACCUUGCUGCCGGGCGACAUUAUUGUGACCGGAACGCCUAAAGGAGUGGGCAUGCACCGCAGUCCCCCGGAGUUCCUUAAGCCCGGAGAUGUCGUAGAGUCGGAGAUCGUCGGUCUGGGAAAGCUCCGCAACAACAUCGUUGCGCCCUAAAUGUUUUUUCGUUGUUUGUUCUUAGUUGUUUGGUUAAAAUAUGAAACAAUGGCAUUUAAUAUUGAUAA